AUGCUGCUGCUGCUCCACAUUGCCUUUUCCCUGCCCCCUGGGGCUCACGCUGGGGAGAUCAUCGGGGGACAGGAAGCCCGGCCUCACUCCAGACCCUACAUGGCUUUCGUGAAGAUAGAGAAAGGAGGAAAUCAAAGAAGCAAGUGUGGAGGGUUCCUGAUUCGGGAGGAUGUGGUGGUAACGGCGGCUCAUUGUAACUGCAACCUGGGCAACAUCAUUGUGCUGUUGUGGGCCCACAAUGUUGCCAUACAUGAACUGGGAAGGCAGGAGAUCCUUGUACAUCGUCGAAUCCCCCACCCAGAAUUCAAUGACGCCACGUUUGAAAAUGACCUCACACUGCUGCAGCUGAGGAAGAAGGCCAAGCUGACACAGACUGUGGGCACCAUCCCCUUGGCCCAGAAGGGGGUGAGAGAGGGGGCUGUGUGCUCCGUGACCGGCUGGGGCCUGACUAGUACUGAGGCAAAUACCCGGGCCUCCCCAACCCUGCAGGAGGUGGAACUGACGGUCAUGGGCAAGGGCGUGUGUCUGUCUCGGCCGUAUCUGCGCUAUGCCCUGUCCAGGAUGCUGUGCGUGGGGGAUCCCCAGGAGAGGAAGGCAUUGUUCUGGUCAUGUGAAGUUGAAGCUGACUGCUGUGGAAUAAGAAAAAUGUGCACUUCCAGGGUUGCUAACUCGUGGAUUCUGGCCACUUCCUGGAUCACAAGGUACCAUAAGCUUGCAGGAGAGGAAGGAGCGGGCCAUGAGAAGGGGAUUUCUGACUACAAGCUGAUCUGCGUGAAGAAAGGCGGCCUGCAUUGGCAUCACAUUUUGCCCACCCUGCAGCAUCUGAGUGGUUAG